UAAAUCCUUGCCAUUUGAUGAUAAAUAUUGAAUUAAAUUGAAUGGCGCAUUUCUACGAUAAUCAUCAAUCCGAUUCCAAUAUUCCUCUUGGAGCGAAUAAAGGAGGACCGCAUGGAUUGGGUGAUCCAGAGGAUAGACGGCUUCGGAAAGUUGAGAUAGAAGUACUGAUUCCGAAGAUAAUGCGAGAAAGGGCUAAAAAGGAAAAAUGCACUGCCGAAGUACAAGCAUUUGAGGAAUGUUGCAAGGGUUCUGGUUUGUUCAUGGUGUCUAAAUGUCAGGAGCAAAACGAUGCCCUUAAAGCAUGCAGUAUGCAAUGGUACCGAAAUGAUGCAUUCAAAAAGGAAUGUACAGACAUUUAUUUGGCCGAGCGGCGUGAAUUUCGCAGGACAGGUUUACCUAAAAAAUUUAGAACGAAUGAUCCCGUGCCUCAGUAAGCAUUCAAGUGGUUCGUUCAUUCAAUAUUUCGAUUGCUAGUUUAAGGAAGAUAAGU